UCUCAAAGCUCGCUUAAUAUUGUGCUUGAGCAUAUAAUUUAUGUUUUGUUUUUAUUCACAGAGUGAAUAACCGUGCUUAUUUUCAACUGUUUUGGAAUACAAACUAAAAACACGUACAAAUGGCGGACUUAAUGACAAAAUGAAUUCUCUACCAGUCAACCAAUGGGUUAAACAGAGACAUAAUAUGUUGGUGCAGGAGAAAUUAAUAGCUAACAGCUCAUGAAAGAUGGCGGACAUCCCAAGCGGAAGCGGAAGUGAAGAUUGCGAAGGUGUCAGACUAGUUGUGCUGAAUUUACCGGAAGAUGAGGGGGAGGGGCUAGGCUUCCGUUUAACAAGAACUUUAUGGGAUCCCUAUCCUUGGGUUCGUGAAGUGACUCCCGGAGCACGAGCUGACUUAGCGGGAUUGAAGACAGGGGACUGUUUGCUUCAGGCUGACGGAAAAGAUUUGCUUGGUUUACCGGUUGGUCAAGUGGCUGGGUUGAUUAGGGGAGAUGGAGCUGGCCACGGCGUUUCGCUUCUCGUUUGGAACUGUGGAGUGGAUCCAAAAGAUGAUCCGGAGCUCCUCUGGAGUUGCGGCGGAGGUUCUCGCGGUGAGAAGUCACGGAGAGCGCUGGCGGGAGUGGUGAAGGCACUCUCCUGCUGCGUCUGCGCAGCUACAGCCACAAAAGCACUCAACUGCGCAAGAUCUCAUUUGUACUGCGAAGCUUGUUGGAAAAGGCUAGAACGCUGUGCUUUAUGUAGAGAAGCACUACCACCUAAGGAUUCUCCAUAUGCUAGGAAUUUGGUUGCAGAACAGGUUUUCGAAGCUAUUGCAACAGAAUAUGAAAUCAAAGAUGCAAUCAAAAAGCCAAAUGAAUCCGCGUCAGCCUUUGCAUCACCUAACAGAUCCCCCAAUAUGUCUCCUGCCGCCUUCAGGAGAGGGCAAUACCACCUAUCGGCAAUGAGGAACCGGAAAACUGUACAGUUUAUUGACAAAUAUAAACAAAACUAUGCGUCUGAUCCUAACAUUCACAGAUCUCUUAAUCAAGACUCGAAAUCAACAACUGAAAAUGCAACUACAGGAAAUGGCAAGAAAACUUGUGAUUGUCAACAGAAUGGGAAAACUGAGAAAAUACCGGAAAUAAGAAUAAACGAUGAACAAAAAUGCUGCCAGAGUAUGUUACAACAUAGUUUGAUAGCUCGAGCAAGACAAGCUUGCUCUCUGGUUGAUCUGCAAGCUGCAAUGCAGUCUUGUGUGAUGUCGAAAUCUUUAAAUAAUAUCAACGCUGAAAACUGCAACGAACCAGGACACCACAGUGGAUCUCUUGACAACUUGAAAACGAAUUGUAAAAUUACUUCAGAUAUGACACUUUAUGUGCUUUCUGCGCCGCCGAUUUAUGUAUUAACUUGUGAUCAUAAUAAAAAUUAACUUACAUUGUAAUUGUAAAGAGCUUACUGUAAAUAAAUAAUAUUCAUCUUAUUUUUAAGAACUAUAAAGUGCCAUUUAUUUUGUGAUAAUUUGUCAAGUUAAUACAAUUUAAAGAUAAAUAAAUGUUUUGA